AUGAGCUCUAUUCACGGAUAAAAAGAAAUAGUCCUUUCUAAUGGUUAAAAGAUGCCAGCCUUUGGCUUAGGAACUUUCAGAACAAAGAACGAAUAAGAAAUGACAAACCUCAUUCGUACUGCUUUAGAUGUUGGAUACAGACACAUAGAUACUGCUAAAUUCUAUGAAAACGAGCACAUGAUUGGUGCAGCUUUGAAGACUAUUUUCAGUGAAGGAAAAUACAAAAGAGAAGACAUCUUUUUAGUUACUAAAUUGUUCCCAAAUAAAGGAGUCAAAUGCAUAGAUGUCUUUAAUUAGUAGCUAAAGGAUUUAUAAGUGGAUUAUGUAGACUUACUCUUAAUUCAUUUUCCUUAUGCUCCUCCUAGCGAUGACUAUCAGUAAUGGAACCAAAAACCUGUACACUAAGUUUGGGCUGAGUUAGAAGAAAUACACGGAUUAGGUUUAGCUAAAGGUUUAGGAAUUUCUAAUUUUAAUUGCUAAAUGGUCAUAGAUCUAUUAUCUUACUGUAAAGUUAGACCUGUAGUCAACUAAAUCGAGCUUCAUGUGUUUAAUCAAUAAAGAAAUUUAGUAGAAUUUUUGAAGAAAGCUAAAGUUUAUCCUGUAGGUUAUAGUCCAAUGGCAAAGUACAAUGAAGUUAUCAAUAAUGAGACUGUCAAAGCAAUAGCUUAGAAGUAUAAUGCAUCAGUUGCACAAGUAUUAAUUUCUUUUAUGUUUUAGCAAGGAGUAGUAGUUAUUCCUAAAACUGAAAAGCCUGAGCGUUUACAACAUAAUUUUGAUGCACAAAAAUUAAUAUUUAGUGAAGAAGAUUUAGAAACUCUUAAAAAUCUAAAUAGCAAUACAAGAGUUGUUAAUUACUAUUCUAAUCCAGUUUUCUUUAAAGGAGUCCCUCUGUUUGACUGA